AUGAGUGCAACUACUACAAUCACCGCGCCACCGGAGAUCACCGCUGAAAAUGUGGCUACCCUGUUCCCCGAAGUUGAUACCUCGUUGGCUCGGGAUGUCCUACCCACAGCCAACGGUAACAACGCGCGCGAAGGCACUGAGCUCGAGGGAUAUGAUGAGGAACAGAUUCGCCUAAUGGAUGAGGUGUGCAUUGUCUUGGACAAUAAUGACCGGCCCAUCGGGAGUGCCAGCAAGAAGAUCUGCCACUUGAUGACCAACAUCGAUAAGGGUCUACUCCACCGCGCCUUCUCUGUCUUUCUGUUUGACUCCAACAACCGCCUCCUGCUUCAACAACGCGCCACCGAGAAAAUCACGUUCCCGGAUAUGUGGACCAACACUUGCUGCUCCCACCCUCUUGGAAUUCCUGGCGAGACUGGUGCUGAGCUUGACGCUGCUGUUCUGGGAGUGAAGCGUGCUGCCCAGCGCAAGCUUGGCCAUGAGUUGGGUAUUAAGCCCGAGCAGGUGCCGGUGGAAAAGUUUGAGUUCUUCACCCGGAUUCACUACAAGGCCCCCAGUGAUGGCAAGUGGGGAGAGCAUGAAGUCGAUUACAUUCUCUUUAUCCAGGCGGAUGUUGACCUGGAGCCGAGUCCGAAUGAGGUACGAGACACUUGCUACGUGUCGGCGGAUGAGUUAAAAGCGAUGUUUAAGCAGACUGAACUCACGUUCACUCCUUGGUUCAAGCUGAUCUGCAACUCAAUGCUGUUUGAGUGGUGGAGCCACCUGGGCACCCCGGCCCUGGACAAGUACAAGGGCGAGAAAGAAAUCCGCCGCAUGUGA